UAUUGGUAAAGAAGACGUGCAGCUUCUGCAAGGAUACAAGUAGUUUAAUAUUGAAUUCUGACUAAAUGGAAUGUAGCUAAUGCUAGGCUGUAAAAGCAUUACAGUCAGGAAAAAGAAUUGUUGUGUAUUUAGUGCUGCAAUUUACUGAGACACUUUUUGAAAACCAGUUAUUAAAAAGUAGCGUGCGACUUGUGGAAAAAUGAACCGGUGGGGAUAUGCAGAUCACAAUGGUCCUGACCUGUGGCAUGAAUGGUUUCCCAAUGCAAAUGGAGAUCGCCAAUCCCCAAUCAAUAUAAUAACCCGAGAUACUAUACACGACCCCAGCUUACGUCUACGUGUUGCUUAUGAUCCAUAUUCUGCAAGAGUUAUCAUUAACACUGGGCAUACAUUCACUGUUGAAUUUGAUGAUCAAGAAGACAAAUCAGUGAUCAGUAAGGGACCACUUAGUGCAAAUUAUCGAUUGCGUCAAUUCCAUUUUCAUUGGGGGCGUUCUGAUGAUCAUGGAUCUGAGCACAAGGUCGAUGGUCAAGGGUAUGCAGCAGAGCUACAUAUUGUUCACUGGGAUUCUGAAAAGUAUUCUAAUUUCCCAGAGGCAGCUUGUCAGCCAGAUGGCCUUGCUGUAAUUGGAGUGUUUCUGAAGAUUGGGGAGCACAAUGCAAGCAUUGAGAGAAUCACCGACGCUAUCGAUGUCAUCCGGCCUAAGGGGAAACAAUCGCCAUUUACAAAUUUUGAUCUCACCUGUUUGCUUCCUGGGUCUUUGGAUUUCUGGACUUAUCCUGGGUCACUUACAGUUCCUCCUCUUCUUGAAACUGUAGUGUGGAUUGUUAUGAAGGAACCCAUUUCAAUUAGCCCCACACAGCUGGCCAAAUUCCGCAGCCUAUUAAGUUCCUGUGAAAGAGAAAAAUGUGACUCUUGUUGCAUGCAAACCAACUACCGACCUGUACAGCCUCUGAGAGGCCGCAUAGUGAAAGCAUCAUUUCCAUAGCCACCAUUUGCUGCACACCACGACUGCCAAAAGUACCCAGUGCAAGAGGGCCGCUACAAUGUUGUAGACCAUUGUCAAAAGAAUCAAGGAGAGACCUUGUGAGCUGCAAUUUCUAUGAAGUGGAUGGCCAAAUGCUUCCUAGCUUUGAGAGGAAUGGCUGAAAAUUAGUACCACGGUUAUAAGCUGAUGCUUAUGAUACAUUAUAUGGUAUUAUUUACGCAAACAAUGUGCUAAGGGACUAUUGCAUUUUUUGGGCAUAUUGUUUUUCAAAGAUUUGUUUUUU